CUAUCACUACAGCUAGCAUUACCUCAAUUUGCCUCUCUAGACAAUGAAUCCAUCCCCCGUUCCGGCCCGCACCCGCGCGCCACGCUGCACAUGUAUACCCAGAACCCGGUACGGCGUUCGCAGGAUGAGCAUGUACGACAGGGUUCAGGACUCGAAUGCUGGACCCGAGUUGUCUCUCAGGCCACACCGCUGAAUGAGCUUUUUGCACUGGACACGGCGUGGCUGGAUGGUGACUGUGGAUGGGUUUUCCAUUUGCGUUGAGGUAGAUAGGUGGGCGUUGAACGGAGGAGAGGGUACUUAGGCGGGAGCCCUUGCGGAUGCUUCCUCGAUUUGAUUGUGCUUCCUUUUUUGCGACCGCCGUCUUUGUAGGAGCGGGUAUCUCUCCCCUUGGGGUGUUUUGAUCGAAUCCUGAUUGCUUCAGAGCACCCGUUAUUAUUUUGCGCUGUGCAUUUCGUUAAUAAUUGGGAAUCGAACAUGGCCGACGAGAAAGCAGCGAUCAAAGAAACGAAAGAGGUGGCUGUAGUCGCCGUCUCCGCAAGCGAUGCAGCCUCCAACAAGACGGAUAUGAGAGAGGGUGGUGACGUGGUGCAGGUGGAAGGGGAGCCGAAGAGGAAGCCCAUGGCGACGAAGAGGGCGUUGAUUGCGUGGUUGGUGCUGUGUUUUUCGACAGGUCCAACUUCCGGAAUGGUAUACCGAUACAUUCCAGCGGUACUGCAAACAAACGCCAAUGUACUGGGGCAUAAGCCGGGGACUAAUGAGCCGUGUGCCAAACGGGGUGUGAUCCAUUGCGUGGUGCCGUUCGGAACGGGAGAGGUGGAUUACAAUAGUUAUAUAUUGUAUCUCCAGGCUAUCGGACGGGCUUCAGAAGGGAUAUUGACCAUCCUGACGAGCGGAAUUGCGGACUUCACUCACUUCCGCAAAACCCUCCUCAUCCUAGCCAUCAUCAUUUUCGGCACCUUCUCUCUACCCUACGCCUCCAUGAAAAGCAAAACCUACCGCAACCUUGUCGCCGGCUCCGUCAUCUGGGUAUUUCAAACAACCAUCCAAGGCAUCUACGGUACGCUCGUGUCCUCGUAUAUUCCCCUGUUUAUGCGCGAAGCGGGAUGGCUCCAGCAAAGGACAAGAAUUGGUCAGGAUGGGAAACUUGUCGUCACUGAGGAAGAGCAGGCGACGAAAGAGUUGUAUAGUAGGGGUGCGAUGGUGAGCGUGCUGGGACUCUUUAGCUCGAACAUGGGAAGCAUGAUUGGGCAGAUUAUCGGCAUUAUUAUCACAUAUACGAGUGGAACGGGGGUAAUGGAUGGAUAUAAGGAUUUCCUCCUAGCCAUCACUGUUGCAGGCGCCAUCACGAUCGUGUUCGGUGGUCUGGGCUAUGGUCUUCUACCUUCCGUCAAAGGCACCAAGCCACCCUCCCGCAACCUUGGAUUCCUUGCUAUCAAGCGCUGGAUCGAACUCCUGAAAUCCAUCCCCAAGUACCCCGAAGCCUUCAAACUCUGCGUCGGCUGGGUCCUCUGGAACACGGGCUACAGCAACUUCAACUCGGUCAUCGGGCUCCUCUUCCGCGAAGUCAGCGGCCUUGGCACGGGCGACCGCCUCUACACCGUCUACACCUUCAUGGCCGUCGCCACAGGCACCGUCGGCUCCCUGGCCUGGAUGUUCGUCUUCCCGCGCACCCGCUUCAAAAUCAUGCACUGGGCCUACUGCUUCCUCGUCGUCAACCUCUUCUGCAUGUUCUGGGGCUGCCUGGGCAUCAGCAACAACGUCAAGAUCGGCUACAAAUACGUACCCGAGUUCUGGGUCGAGCAAGCCGUCUUCUUCAUGGCGUCGUCUGCCCUCCGCGGCGCGAACAGAGUCAUGUACGCUUCCAUGCUGCCGCGCGGUCGCGAGGCGCAUUUCUUCGGCCUCGAGUUGACGCUGGAUUUGGCCACGGGGUGGAUCAAUCCGCUCGUGCAGAGCGUCAUUCAGGAUCGUACGCAUAAUUUGAGGUAUCCGAUGUUGCCGAAUUUCUUCUUGCUGCUGGUGGCGGCUGGGUUUUACGUUUGGUGUGAUUUGGAGAAGGGCGUGAGGGAUAGUUUGGUGCCUUUUGAUGAUGGGGAGGCGGUUGAGGAGGAUUAGGGGGGCGAUGUGGGAUUCAUUGAUAGAUAGGAGGCGAUCCUGCAGACUUGGAGGGAUGGUACUACUAUCUACGGUGAAGUACAUACGCCCUUAUGCAGGCGCCACGGUCUCCCCAAUACUGGUGGCAGAAAACGGACUAGCCCUUUGCCUCUCCCCACACAAAUAAAAACAAGGUGCAUCCGAGACUUCACAAGAGUAGGAUCCUGAGCCUAUAUACUUCACAGCAGCUUUAGCGUUCUACAACUACAAUAAGCAUAGAGUAGGGCUGUAGAAAGCCUGGGUUUCAAAGUUGGUGCAGCGCUUUC